GUCCCAUACUCCAUUCCAUUCCACAACCUGCAUCAACCCUACAUACAUCUAUAAUGACAAAGGUCAAGGAAUCAGGCGACGCUCUCGAGGAUGAUUUCCAGCUGUCAGAUACUGAAUACUUGAGCGACGGCGAAGACGCUGGUGAACAACUAGUGUCAGGCGACGAAGAAGGCAGCAACGUCUCUGCGACCGUUGGAUCAAAGCGCAAGGCUAUAGAGACACCCAAGAAAAAGAAACAGAACAAGUCAAAGAAGCAGAGAAUCGAAGAGAACAACACGCCGCUCGGGAAACGUACCCGUGCUUCACAGAUCGAAGCAUUGAACGACAGUCAGGAUCGCGCACUCGAACAUCUUUCUUCAAUUGAGCGUGAGGAGCGCAGGAUACCCGAAUCCGCCAUUAAGGAUGUUUCUCCCUUUGCGCUGGAUCACACCCUUGUCCAUCUGGAAUCCUUUCUCAAGUUCGCAGUCGCCAACUGGAAGUCUAAGCUGCUCGUCAAGGAUGCCAAUGCAGCAGCAUUAUCAGCAGCGGAGCAGCGCAAAAACGAUAAGAACACCAAGGAAAAGAAGGAUACAAAGAAGAAGCCGUUGGAGACAUCAACCGAUCUACCCAAGGGUUCGCCCGUGGUUCUGAUUGUCUCCUCAAGUGGUGUCCGUGCGGUAGAUGUCAUCCGGGCGCUGCCCUUGUUUGCAGAGGCUGCUAAGGUCGGGAAACUGUUUGCGAAGCAUUUGAAGGUAGCCGAGCAGGUUUACUUUUUGAAGAACACGCCCACCCAUAUCUGCGUUGGAACGCCCAACCGUAUUGAAAAGCUGAUUGAAGAUGAUGCAUUGCAUCUCGAUCGACUGGAACUCGUCCUCUUGGACUGCCACAAGGACGCUAAGAAACGCACCAUCCUCGAUAUUCAGGAGAUCCGCGUCGAUCUUUUCAAAAUGUUGGGACUGGAGGCUCUUGACGAACGAUUCAAGUCUGGUCAAACCCAAGUCGCCAUCUUCUAAGCGAGCUCCGCACUAUAUUAUCUCAUUCAUUCUGCAUUUCUCCAUCAUGAUCAUUAAAAGCAUCGUCUAGCAUUUGGCAUUUGG